AUAUAAUACAACAUCUUAGAUAGCUGAAGUGUUUUGGAAAUGAGAUAAAAAGAUGUUCAGAUGUACUAAGGCUCGAGACGAUACAAUAAGUCAGUAUGAAAAUAGCUAACAGCUUGCACGGUCCAGUCGGUAUGAAGUUAUUGGUAUUAUGUUUGUUGGUGGCAGCCUGUCACGGUUCGACCGUGAGGCAGCAGCGUCGGUUCCCUGAUGACUUCCUCUUCGGAGCCGCCACAGCCUCCUACCAGAUCGAGGGAGGCUGGGAUGCUGAUGGAAAGGGUGAAAACAUUUGGGACAGACUGGUCCAUUCCAACCCCACAGUCAUACAAGACUUAACCAACGGUGACGUCGCUGCUGACUCCUACCACAACUACAAGCGUGAUGUCGAGAUGAUGAGGGAGUUAGGCCUGGACGCUUACAGGUUCUCCCUCUCCUGGGCUCGGAUCCUCCCCACUGGCAUGGCCAAUGAGGUCAACCCAGCUGGCGUCGCCUACUACAACAACCUUAUCAAUGAGUUGGUGAAGUACAACAUCACUCCAAUGGUCACUCUCUACCACUGGGAUCUUCCCCAGAAACUGCAGGACUUGGGUGGAUUUAUGAACCCAUUGUUCACGGAUUGGUUUGAAGACUACGCGAGGGUGGUCUUCGAGAACUUUGGAGACAGAGUCAAGUCGUUCAUCACAUUCAACGAGCCGAGAGAGAUCUGCUUUGAAGGUCUUGAAGACAUGAACAAAGCUCCCCUCCUGAAUACCACCGGUGUUGGUGUUUACUUGUGUGCUAAGCACUUGGUGUUGGCUCACGCGAGAGCUUACCAUCUGUAUAACAAUGAGUUCAAGCCGACCCAGGGAGGACAAUGUGGUAUUACAAUCAGCGUGAACUGGUUUGAAGCAGAUACUGAUUCUGAUGAAGAUUUGGCAGCUGCUGAGCUUAUGAGGCAGGCACAGUGGGGUAUCUACGCUGAACCCAUAUUCUCGGCUGAAGGUGGUUUUCCAAAGGAAUUUUCGGAAAGAGUGGCAGAAAAAAGUGCACAACAAGGUUUCCCUCGCUCUCGUCUGCCAGAAUUCACUGAAGAAGAGAAAGCUUUUGUCAAGGGAUCAUCAGAUUUCUUCGGAGUAAACCAUUACACAACUUUAAAGGUGUCAGCGACUAAGAACAAAGCAUUUUUCUCAUCGCCAUCUAUGAUGGAUGAUGUAGGUGUUGGGUUCUAUGCGCCUGAGGAAUAUGCUGCAUCAGCUUCUCCUUGGUUGAAGCUGGCUCCCAACAGCAUCUACUACGCUCUAACCCACCUGAAUGAGAAGUACAACAGCCCAACGAUCUACAUCACUGAGAAUGGAUGGUCCACCUACCCUGACAGUGGCCUGAUUGAUGAUGACAGGAUCACGUACUACAGAGCUGCGUGGGAGAGUGCGCUCAAUGCUCUGGACGCGGGAGUCAACCUCAAGGGAUACAUGGUGUGGAGUCUGCUGGAUAACAUGGAGUGGCUGGAGGGUUACAUAGCAUGUUUCGGCCUGUACCAAGUGGACUACCAAGAUCCAGCUCGCACACGCACCGCCAGGAAGUCUGCGUUUGUCUACAAGCACCUCAUCAAGAAUCGUUAUAUCGAUUACGAAUAUGAACCUCAAUCUUUAACCAUGACCAUUGAUGAUGGAUUUUACCGAAACUGCCUACACAGUCCAGUCGAUAUGAAGUCAGUGGUCUUAUGUUUGUUGGUGGCAGCCUGUCACUGCUCGACAGUGAGGCAGCAGCGUCGGUUCCCUGAUGACUUCAUCUUCGGGGCUGCUACAGCUGCCUACCAGAUCGAAGGAGCGUGGAAUGAAGAUGGCAAGGGGGAAAACAUCUGGGAUAGACUGGUCCAUACCAACCCAACAGUCAUACAAGACUUAACCACAGGUGAUGUCGCUGCUGACUCCUACCACAACUACAAGCGUGAUGUCGAAAUGGUUAGGGAGUUAGGCCUGGACGCUUACAGGUUCUCCCUCUCCUGGGCUCGGAUCCUCCCUACAGGCAUGGCCAAUGAGGUCAACCCAGCUGGCGUCGCCUACUACAACAACCUUAUCAAUGAGUUGGUGAAGUACAACAUCACUCCAAUGGUCACUCUCUACCACUGGGAUCUUCCCCAGAAACUGCAGGACUUGGGUGGAUUUAUGAACCCCUUGUUCACGGGUUGGUAUGAAGACUACGCGAGGGUGGUCUUCGAGAACUUUGGAGACAGAGUUAAGCUGUUCAUCACAUUUAACGAGCCUAGUCAAAUCUGUUUUGAAGGUCUCGAAUAUAUGAACAAAGCUCCUCUCUUAAAUACCUAUGGUGUUGGUGUUUACUUGUGUGCUAAGCACUUGGUGUUGGCUCACGCAAGAGCUUACCAUUUGUAUAACAAUGAGUUCAAGCCGACCCAGGGAGGACAGUGUGGUAUUACAAUCAGCGUGAACUGGUUUGAAGCAGAUACUGAUUCUGCAGAAGAUUUGAUGGCUGCGGAACUUAUGAGGCAAUCUCAGUGGGGUAUUUACUCCGAGCCCAUAUUUUCGGCUGAUGGUGGACUUCCAAGAGAACUGUUGGAUAGAGUAGCUGAAAAAAGCGCACAGCAAGGAUUCCCUCGCACCCGUCUCCCAGAUUUCACUGAAGAAGAGAAAGCUUUUAUCAAGGGAGCAGCAGAUUUCUUCGGCGUAAACCAUUAUACCACAGUGAAGGUGUCAGCGACCGAACAUAAGGAGUUUUAUUCAGCGCCAUCUAUGUUGGAUGAUGUGAACGUUGGCUUCUACUGGCCUGAGGAGAAUCCUAAAUCAGCCUCUCCUUGGCUAAGUCUGGCCCCAAACAGCAUCUACCACGCUUUAACCCACUUGAAGGAGAAAUACAACAACCCGACGAUCUAUAUCACAGAGAACGGAUGGGCGUCACACCGCGACAGUGGCCUGAUUGAUGAAGACAGGAUCACGUACUUAAGGGCAGCGUGGGAGAGUGCGCUCAAUGCUCUGGACGCGGGAGUCAACCUCAAGGGAUACAUGGUGUGGAGUCUGCUGGAUAACAUGGAGUGGCUGGAGGGUUACAUCCCAUGUCUCGGCCUGUACCAAGUGGACUACCAAGAUCCAGCUCGCACUCGCACCGCCAGGAAGUCUGCGUUUGUCUACAAGCACCUCAUCAAGAAUCGUUAUAUCGAUUACGAAUAUGAACCUGAAUCUUUAACCAUGACCAUUGAUGAUGGAUUUUAAUAAAAAUAAACAGUAUCUCU